AUGACAGAGGGGGAACAUCAACAAUCACAAUCACAGGAUCCUCAACAGGAACAUCAACAACAAGAUGUGGAAGAUGAAGAUGAUCUUUAUGGUCCAAUUCCAAUCACCAAAUUAGAAGGAAAUGGGAUCACUGGUGGUGAUAUUAGAAAACUAAUGGAAGCUGGUUAUAACACUGUGGAAGCUAUUGCUUAUACUCCAAAAAGAGCUUUGUUAACUGUUAAAGGUAUAUCUGAAGCUAAAUCUGAUAAAUUAUUAGCUGAAGCUUCAAAAUUAGUUCCAAUGGGGUUUACAACUGCUUCUGAAUUCCAUCAUAGAAGAAGUGAAUUGAUUUGCUUGACUACUGGUUCAAAACAAUUAGAUACAUUACUUGGUGGUGGUAUUGAAACAGGUUCAAUAACUGAAUUAUUUGGUGAAUUUAGAACUGGUAAAUCUCAAUUAUGUCAUACUUUAGCUGUUACUUGUCAAUUACCUAUUGAUAUGGGUGGUGGUGAAGGUAAAUGUCUUUAUAUCGAUACAGAGGGGACUUUUAGACCUGUUAGAUUAGUCUCUAUUGCAAGAAGAUAUGGUCUUAAUGAAGAUGAUGCUUUAGAUAAUGUUGCUUAUGCAAGAGCUUAUAAUGCUGAUCAUCAAUUACAAUUAUUAAAUCAAGCUGCUGCAAUGAUGUCUGAAUCAAGAUUUUCACUUUUAAUUGUUGAUUCUAUAAUGGCGUUAUAUAGAACUGAUUUUGCUGGUAGAGGUGAAUUAAGUGCAAGACAAAUGCAUGUUGCAAAAUAUAUGAGAACUUUACAAAGAUUAGCUGAUGAAUUUGGUAUUGCUGUGGUUAUAACAAAUCAAGUUGUUGCUCAAGUUGAUGGUGGUAUGAUGUUUAAUCCUGAUCCUAAAAAACCAAUUGGUGGUAAUAUUAUUGCUCAUUCUUCAACAACAAGAUUAAGUUUGAAAAAAGGUAAAGGUGAACAAAGAAUUUGUAAAAUUUAUGAUUCUCCAUGUUUACCUGAAUCUGAAACUGUUUUUGCAAUUUAUGAAGAUGGUAUUGGUGAUCCAAAAGAUGAUGAUGAAUAA